AUGACUACUCAUACAUCUCGAAAGAGAAUACUUUUAAGAAAACUUGUUAACUUCAUUCAAUCACCAUCGUACCAUUAUAUUCUCUCAACCGUUACAUACAAUGGAAAUUUUAGCAUGUUGAACGGCACUAAUAUUUCAUUAACUAAUCAAAAUGAUCAAGUACAGCAGUUCAGGGAUUUCGUGUGGAUCACGUUGAAAAAAGCUGCCAUUGAAGCAGCUAACAGUUCUAGAAAGUUUUAUACGGGAAAGGCCAUCGCAUCCAAGACUUUUUACUUGCUAGUUCAGUGCACUCCUGAUCUUACAACAGAAGACUGUUUACAUUGCCUACAAAAGUCCAUCAAUGGAAUGUUACUUUACAGAAUUGGAGGAAAAUUUCUUUACCCUAGUUGUAAUUCAAGGUACGAGCUUUACUCGUUCUAUAAUGAAGCCGCCAAUAGAACACCACCAGCAUCAACUUCAUGUCAGUUGCUAAAACAGUGGUGCUCCGUUUAUAUUUCUGUGAAUGCAGGAAAAGGCAGAAACACCUAUGUCAUAAUCAUCGUUGUUGUUGUUCCAAUAAUUGCCCUUUUUCUCCUGUCCGUAGCUGUUUUUAGUUUCCGGGCUAAGAAAAGAAGGACGACUUAUGAGAGGGAACCAUCUACUCAAGAAAGGGAUACUAUUACCAGUGCGGGCUCACUUCAGUUUGAUUUUAAGGAUAUUGAGGCAGCAACAAAUAAGUUUUGUGAGACUAACAAACUUGGUCAAGGUGGAUUCGGUGAAGUUUACAAGGGUAUAUUUCCUAGUCGAGUACAUGUUGCAGUGAAGAGGUUAUCCAAGACAUCCGGACAAGGUGAAAGGGAGUUCGCAAACGAAGUUGUUGUUGUGGCAAAGCUUCAACAUAGAAAUUUGGUAAGACUGCUAGGCUUUUGUUUGGAAAGAGAUGAGAGGAUACUUGUCUAUGAGUUUGUGCCCAACAAAAGCCUCGACUACUUCAUUUUUGGUCAACCCUACAAUGCAAAACUGCAAAACCAGUUGGACUGGUCUAGACGAUACAAAAUCAUUGGAGGAAUUGCUAGAGGGAUUCUUUAUCUUCAUCAAGAUUCACGACUGACAAUCAUACAUCGUGAUCUCAAAGCAAGUAAUAUCCUCCUAGACGCUAAUAUGAACCCAAAGAUCGCCGACUUUGGUAUGGCGAGAAUUUUUGGAAUGGACCAAACGGAAGCCAAUACGAGGAGAGUUGUCGGAACAUAUGGCUAUAUGUCUCCCGAAUAUGCAAUGUAUGGCCAGUUCUCCAUGAAAUCAGAUGUUUAUAGCUUCGGGGUCUUAAUUCUUGAAAUUGUAAGUGGGAAAAAGAACAGCAAUCUCUAUCAAAUGGAUACUGGUCCUGGCAAUUUGGUUACAUAUACUUGGAGACUAUGGAGCAAUGGGUCAUCAUUAGAGCUCGUGGAUCCAUCGUUUCAUGAUAAAUAUCGAAUAAACGAAGUUUCAAGAUGCAUCCAUAUCGCUUUACUAUGUGUUCAAGAAGAAGCUGAAGAUCGUCCAACCAUGUCAGCUGUUGUCCAGAUGCUCACUAGUACCUCAAUUGCUCUCGCUGUACCUCAACCACCAGGUUUUUUCUUCCGGAGUAGACUUGAACAAGCAGGACUAGUGGAUCUAUCUAUCAAUACGUCCGCUCUCUGCUCCAUCGAUGUUGGUUUUAUUACUCAAGUAACUCCUCGUUGAAGACAAAUUUAUUUAUAUAAGUCAUAUAUAAGUUGUAAUAUAUAUGAUUUAUUAUUUCCUGGGAUAUAUGUCGAAGAGUAUGUAUGUGAUUUCAAAGAAAACCGAAUUAAUAAAAAAGAAAACAAAGGUUGCAUUGUAUCACCGUUAGAAACACCAAAGAGGUUCGUCUUCUCCUUCUCCUUAAUAAGAGCAAUCCUCUUA